AUGCUUCGGGUCAAAGCUGUUCUUGUAGAUGCUAUCCCGUUACUGUUCUGCCUUUGUGAUGAACCAAUACUAGCUACGGACUUAGCAAAGCGAAAAUUGCCCAAAUCUCCACGUGUGUUGGAUCGCCGCUUCUCAAGCUCACCUUCCGCUAAAAUCAACGAGCAGGAACAGGAACCUGAGAUCCCUAACAAGGAAUGGGUGUCAAGUACUCGCUGUCUAGAAGUGUUGAGAGAAAAUUAUAAACCAGGACGACUAAACGACAUUAUCAAUAACGUCGAUGAGGUAGUGAUCAGUAAAGCCGUUGUUUCUGCGUUGUACACUGCUGUACAUUCUGGUAUCACAAUCGACCAAGCUGUUGUCCGCAGCAUUCUCGAUGAGCAGUGUGAGUGCACAAGUCUUGAAAUCGAUGGAGUGGCAAAGAAUUUGAACAAAUUCUGUGCGCAUUUGAAUAAGGAAGCAAAGUUGGAGGAAGACCCAAACACAACGUUUUGCGGCGAAGACAAAGUGCAGCUCACGUUUGCGAAGAUCCUUCAUGGUACAUUUAAUCAAGUUCCGGGACUACCGUAUUAUUACUACACCCCGCAACGCAAAGAAAGCGAUGGAAGAUAUCCUAUAACAUCAGAAAUGGCAUCUUUCAAUGGACUUUUCGGUGAACAUGCACCACGAGGUUGGGAUGCUACCUUCAUAGAAAGGAAAAACAGUACGACUCAACCCGAGCAAUCAGGUGAAGAUCGUAGUCCCGACGAGGCUUUUUCUGCGGCAGGUUCACUGAGAAGAUCGGAUCGUCCCCUGGAUCAGUUUCGGCUCAGGUACGCCUUGAAUGGGGAAAAUGAAAUUGAGAAGAUGAAGAAUGCUGAGGAUAAGCAUGUUAAGAAUGUUCAUGGAAGUGAUUUCCCUCUUUUCAUUUACUUCAUGUGCUCUGUUGAAUAUCCAGACAGGUCAAUGGAUACAUUUCCGCUGACGUUUCUACCCACCUGUGUGCAUGAAGUUGCUUUUCCUGGCGUAGAGGUAAGAAUAACAGAUGUGGCCAGUGUUGUUGUCCGAUUGGAUAUAUACGUCAUGACAUGGCCAAGCGAAGAAGAAAAUCGCCAUGAUGAUAGUGAUAGUGAGUCCGAUGAAGAUACUCACUCUGAAAGACAGAUUAAAUUUAUGGCAAAAUUACCCAAAAAAGUGAGAGCAGUGGUUAGCGAAUUGAUGAACAGGUUAAAUCGGCUUGUUGAGCUGGAAACUGUACUUCUGGACAGCAGGAAACCAAAUAUAACGGUAGAAAAGAUCAAAGAGAUCUCAAAGUACAUAGAAGGAGAAUGCGCCAGAGAAAAAGAAUAUAAAUCUGGCCAGUUUGAAACGCGCCUUAGGCGUUUUCCACUUGUGAUUCAGUGCGAGGAAGCUAUGGACCGCCUAAAGGACAGAAUGAACGGUUUGUACUUAGAGUACUGCGUAUUGCGCCGAGUUGCUGAUUCGAAUAUGUAUUAUUGUUGCCAGGUGGAAGAUUUAGAGGCAUAUGAACGCUAUACUCGGCAUAAAAGUGGAAGCAGAAGUGACUCAUGCGACGCGAACGAACUACUGCGACGCGAUCAUUUGUACGAUUUUUGGGUGAUACUUACAAUUGAUGACAAUAUAAAGUUGCAAUUCUGUCAAAGAGAAAACGGACGCCAUGACCGUAUUUUUGAGUUAGCCUGGCGCAAAUGUCGCCAAACUAUUCGGGUUAUCAAUCAGGAGCUUUUGCUGAAUCGCAUGUUCGAAUUACGGGAAUGUGAUCCACUCCUAAUGACUAAUAUGAAUGAUUCCAUAUCGGCACAUGAUAGUUCGCUGGAUCGAAGCAAUACAUCAUCAGUGUCUGAAGACCAUGAAGUGGAUACUCAUAUAGCCCACGGAGCUCGUUUUACUUUCGCGCCUGGCUAUUUUGCAUGUAAACUUCAAGAGCAACUAUGGUUCGAAGUUCAUCCACGUUUACGCGUGCUACGCAGCAACUCUCGAGAUCCUCUUGCGUUUGGUUGUGAAGCCUUGCGCAUCACGCUAGAGCAGUUCGCGAUAAGAAACAUACCCAAUACCUAUGUUGUAAGGGAGUCAAAUGGAAAUGUUUCGUACAUGCAGCUGCAUACGUCGGUCGAAACGUUUGGAGCAUCGCUGAAAAUGAACAAAAUCACUGUGAAAAAGAAAAAAGUUGCAGAAGAAGCUGAAAAGUUCAAAAAUCACAUCCUCUUAGCCGUCUAUGGUGUAGAUAAACCUGGUCAUGAAAUUUGCGAAGUUCUCAGUGAAUGUCUCCAAAAGCGACUGAAUCAGGUUACUCUGAAUCAGCUGAUAGAUACUUUAGCGAAGAACACACAGACUAGACUUGAUUGCUCUGAUGUCCAAUUUCUGCAAAGGGAUCCAGCAUCACCUGCUGGUGUAUUUAACUACUCGAUUCCGAACUCGAUGGCACAAUUUCUGCAACCGCUCAGUUAUUAUACACAUCAGCAUAUGCAAGCAGCCAUGCCUUCAGCUAGAUAUAAGGAAGACUACGGUUCUGGAAGCACACAUGGAGACCGCUCAGUGUUCUUUCCUUUACCUUUUCCCGAGAAACAACCAGAAUCGUAUGUACCAAUCUUCUACCUUCUUGUUAAAUCACCUCAAGGUGGAAUCAGGAGUACCGGAAUUGCUGCCAUUGAACUGCGUUUUGUGAACAGCAAUGGUAGCAUGGCGACGUUGACCUUAGGUCGUUUGAAUAAUUCGACUCAUCAAAGCUUGGCACCAACAAAUAUUGAUGACGAAAAGAGGGAGGCUUUUUACAGGGAGAUGACCAUGACCAUGAGCUGCAAGCAACCACGGGAGAUGCCA